AGGUUUAGAGCUGUGAUCCCAUUUAUACAGACUGAUUCGGAGAGACAGAUCAUAUUUAUAGGUGGACGAGAGGCGCACAGAUCGAGAAAGAUCCUUACAAAUUACCCAAUAAGGACUACACGUGGAACAGAAUCCAGGACAUUUUUAAUUCUAAAACAAACAUCAUGUUUUAUUUCACUUACGAAGCUUUGGCUGUGACUUUCUAAACACCCAGAAGUUUGGUCAGCAAUUCCAUUGCACUAUUUGCAGGGGUACUGUCCUUUCAAUGAGACCUGUGUGUUAUUUUGGAACGAAUAAUUUUGAAAGUACUCUACACUCUAAAAACGCUCUGAGUAGUGAAACAAAUAAAUCCUCCAGUUCCACCAGCACUACGCGAAGGGAAUCCGGAUCAAGACGAUAAAGUCAUUUUUUGUGGAUUGCUGGAAGUGGAGAUCUAAGGAUUGAUUCCAUAUUGAAGAAAGGUGUGACCAGCCACAAAUUAUAAGCACACACUCACAUAAAGAAAAACUACAUAUAACAUGAGUAAAAUACAGAGAAAUGUUAGGCCAGGAGUCUCAUUUGCUUAGAAGAGAACAAACCUGCUAGCUGAUUGAAGCCCAAAGACGCAAUAUGGCAGAAAGUAAAGCUACUAGUGUGCUGAGCUGGGAUCAAGUGAGCAGUUUGAAUGAUGUCCUUACUGAGGUCGUUCUUAUUCACGGGCGUGGAAAUUUUCCAACAUUAGAGGUCAGACUGAAAGAUGUGGUUAAGACUGUAAGGACCAGGCUCUUUGAAAGUGGAAUUCUAGUACGGGAUGUCCGUCUUAAUGGGUCAGCAGCCAGCCAUGUCCUAGUAAAGAAUAAUGGCUUAAACUACAAAGAUUUGGACUUAAUUUUUGGGGUUGAUCUACCAGGGGAAACUGAAUUCCAGUUGGUAAAAGAUGUGGUGCUGGGUUGUCUGUUGGAGUUUCUUCCAGAAGGAGUCAACAAGGAAAAAAUCACACCCCUUACACUCAAGGAGGUCUAUGUGCAAAAAAUGGUGAAAGUUUGCACAGAUACAGACCGUUGGAGCUUGAUCUCCCUCUCCAACAAUAAUGGAAAGAAUGUGGAGCUUAAGUUCGUGGACUCCUUACGCCGGCAGUUUGAGUUCAGUGUUGAUUCCUUCCAGAUAAUCUUGGAUUCUGUCUUAUUUUAUUAUGAUUACUCUGAGAACCCAAUGAGUGAGCACUUCCACCCAACAGUGAUUGGGGAAAGUGUAUAUGGGGACUUUGAGGAAGCAUUAGGUCACCUCAGGAAUACACUAAUUGCAACCAAGACUCCAGAGGAAAUCAGAGGAGGAGGACUACUGAAAUAUUGUAAUCUUCUGGUGAGAGAAUUCAAGCCAGCCAGUGAAGAAGUAAUCAAAUCCUUAGAGCGGUACAUGUGUUCCCGUUUCUUUAUUGAUUUCCCAGACAUCACUGAACAACAAAGAAAGCUGGAAGUCUACCUCCAGAACCACUUCAUCGGGGAGGAGAAAAGCAAAUAUGAUUACCUGAUGAUUUUGAGGAAUGUAGUGAACGAAAGCACUGUUUGUCUGAUGGGACAUGAAAGGCGCCAGACUCUCAACCUAAUUAGCCUCUUGGCCCUCAGGGUGCUGGCAGAGCAAAACAUCAUCCCCAAUGUCACCAAUGUCACUUGCUAUUACCAGCCUGCUCCAUAUGUCAGUGAUGCAAACUUUAGCAACUACUAUGUAGCGCACACUGCCACCUCAUACCAACAAUCGUAUCCUACUUGGCUCCCCUGCAACUAAUAAGUAAUGCUAUGUUCACAGUUGACUUGUGUGCAGACUGAUGCAGCUCAGCUCACCAUAAUGGCUUCUUUCAUUCACAUUAGCUGAAAAGGGAGUAAACCUUAUGGCUGUUGUACAUGUUGCAUGUAUUAAACUGCAAUGAGAAUUCAAGGGUAAUAUGCACACAUUAAUUUUUGCUAUAGGAAAAUAUCCAAAAAAAGUCACUAUGAUGGGUGGAACAUAAAUUUAGGAAGGGAAACUCAGCACUAGCAAGAGUCCUGAUAGUACACUGUGUCAUAGUGUUCUGGAAAUGUAACUGUCACUUUCUAUAAAGGGAUAUCUAUCCUCCUUGCACUGUAGAGCAAAAUGCAAAUAAGAGUUUACAAAAUAAUUUGGCAUAAAGAAAUAAACAGAUUUAAUGGUGAUAGUUAUAAACUAAAUGUAGGGGAUGCACAGUGAUUACUCUAACUUGUUUUGAACAUGAGACCACAAGCUUAGUUUUUAGCUCACAUUUCAGUCAAAAUGGUAAGUAGUUCCUGUUGUGAUUUAUUGGGGAGAGGGUGGCUGGUGGUGGUGGGCGGGAAGAAAGAGACUUGGUGCUUAUGUAUAAAGCUGCAAAGGUCCAGCGCACAACUGCAAAUAAAAUUGUAUAGAUAGGCCAUAUUGUGGUUGGCUCAUGAUUUGUAUCUAACUAUGAUGGGCCAUCAGUAUACUAAGAAAUGAGAUUGAGUAGUCUGGAAAGUUCUACCUCCUGAAUGACAAUUAAUUGACGGUGGAAGGUAAAUAAAACUUGAAGAAACGUCUUUGUUGCAAAAACAUUUUAGAAAAAAAUUCAGAACUGUUACGUUCCCUUUAUUCUGCAUAACCCUGCUCAGAAAAUUGAGCUGACAGAUCUUAAAGAUUAGUUACACUCUCCCAAGUUAGCUCAUGAAUGAAUUCAGCAUAACCUCCUCUAGAGUGAGCUGCAAUGUGAAUUAUUUUGGUGCAGAAAGAUAUACUAAUGCUUUUGUUGCUUCUGUGCCAUAAUGGUGGAGUAUAUUUUGUGGCUGCUUGCAUCAGCCUUUUAACCUAACCACAUUCCCAGACAAUGGAAAUUUCAGUAUGCUGAAAUCAUUGUAUUCUUAAAACCCAGCUUUACUGGGCUAGAGAAAGGUAUGAGUCUAAAUGUUAAUUCUUAAUCUGUGUCCUUUACCACACCAGUGCAUAUACUGAGUAAGAAUAGAUUGAAAAGUAGCUUGUUCUUUCUGGAUUCUAAGUCGGCCAGUGUGUGGCAAACUGGCUAUCAAAAGCAUGGUUCUUGGUGAAAAAGAAAUGUGGAUUUUGCUGAGUUCCAGGUGCUGAAAAAUUCUCUUGUAAGUUUUUUUACAGUAAUGCUGAAUUAUUGCCUAAUACUAGCAAAUUGUUGUGCCAAAUGUGCUUUGUGAUAAAUUUGGUUGAGUUUAGAUAUUUAAAAUACAUUCAAGAAGGUAACUUGAUGAAAUUUUAUUCACAUCUUGCUCUGGACCAGAUUUGCACUCCCCUUGUUCAGUUUGAGUGCAAUUUAUGAAUUGUUAGCACUCAGCCAAUGGAACAGAAUGAAGUGUUUCCUGAAACCCCUCAAUGGGCUUGGAAACUUUAACCUGAUAUUUGUAAGCUGAAUCAUUAAUAUCCAUUUUAGUUUAAAUACUACAGGAGAAGGAAGGCAAGCAGAAGCUGAAUAUGCUCACUAGAAUUACAGUAAUGAAAUGCACCAAAUAACUAAAUUAUCUCCAUUGAUCGCAUUUAGAAUGAAUCUUAACACCAGAUAAGAGAAUUAUGCAGUAAUUCCACUCAUUAAAUAAUGGAAAAAACACAGUGUACUAUUGGUGAGGCUGUUUUCUUUGAGACUUCAUUCCACUAAGCAUUAAUGAAUGCAGUCAGUGCAGAAUGAGUGCUGGCCCAGCACACAUUACAGUUCAGUGUGAACAUAGUAUUGCUGUCCUUUGAAGUGCAGGGGACAAUUGAAAAUUGUAACCACAAUAAAUUGUAUACUGAAUUUCAAAACACCAGCUCUGGAAUAUAUGGAACUGAAAAUAGCAGACUAUAACUUUGCAAGUGUAAAGGGUUUGCAUAUAUUUUUGAUGACAUUUAUUAUCUCUACUGAUUGAUUGAACACCUUGUGUAUGGUUUCAUUAAAGAAUACUGGGGAGAGCUUGUGAAGAUUAGAACUUGGGUAUAUUUUUUAAUGAAAAGCAUGGGCCGUUCAGAUAAGAGCCCCAGAUUAAAUAGUAAGAUUAUUUAUUGUAUUGAACAUCAUUUUGUAACAUCAGCCACCUGAUAACUUGGAUGAGUUUAACAGUGAAUCCUGAUCAGAAUUAUGCUUGAAAGGAAACCCACUGCCCAGUAUGUCUAAACUAUCCUAUGCAAGGAAAAUGGAGCAAUCUGUGUUUUAAAAGAUAUACAUUAGACCCUUUCUAUUGCACUGGGAACUCUCCUAUAGUGUUGAUUUUCUGUUGCAGUGUGACUCAUCUACAGGCAGUGGCAACCUUAUGAUAUCUUGCAUAAUUCAGUGAGCUUGUUUAUAGUCUGGUAAUAUUGAACUGUUCAGCCGUGGAAUAGGCCACCACAGCUAUAUUUGGUUCUCUCCUCAAAUAGGCACCCAAAUAUGCAUUUAAUGGGAGAGUCACUAAGUAGGUGACCUUAAAUGGGAAUGUUGAAUUUUGCAACAAAUUGGGGGUGGGGGUGGGGGGUGCAGGGGGCAGUGGGCAGCGGGAAGAGAGGGAAAUUGGUGCCAACUAAGAUGCUAACUCAGCACAGGCAGGCAGCCAGCCAAUCAAAUCUGGGACAUUCCUGAUCAGUAUGACUUGUUGCUUUAUCACAUGGUGAAUUUACCCACUGAACCAACAGGGAAGUCUCUAGAGGGUAUUUUUGUUCCCCUUUUUUUUCCCCAGGGAACUACAAGCGUGCUUAGUCUUGAGGGUGCUUGCUACUGCAUAUUAAUAUUGCAAAACGUAGCUAAAUCAGAUACUCAAAUAAUGCUUAGUUCAGGAUUGUGUAAAUACUGAGUGAGUGUAUGAUGCAUUGGAAUUCUCUUGCCAGUGAAUGUUUUUGUAUUCUGAAUCCAGUUAUUUUCCUGUUAACCAGGGGCAGGAGGAAAACAACUGACUUUUUUCUUUUUCUGUUUGUGGGGUGGAAUAAUUAAAGUAUAAAGAUGAUUGGGACUGAGACUUCUACUCCUACGAGAAUUAAACUGUAUUUUUUAUUUUCAGAUUAACUCGGCUGUUGCUGGCAGUUUGUAUAUGAAAAGUAUUUUUGUUUCCAGAUUGUGCUGCUGUACAUGCUUUGUACAAACCAGAGAACCUGUAGACCUUUGGUCCCUAUUUAACAAUAAAGACUACCUAAUAAAAGGUCAACUCAA